AUGUCAGAUGUACACUCGUUAGAGAAAGGCGCGGCCGUGUGUGGCACGGUGUAUCCUACAGAUCCCACAGCUGUCCCACCACCUUUUGACCGUGCUGCCGAGCGCCGUCUACUCCGGAAACUGGAUCUUCGCGUUCUCCCUGUACUCUGGUUCCUGUACCUGGUGAACUUCAUCGACCGAGCAAAUAUAGGCAAUGCAAAGAUUCAGGGUAUGGAAAAGGAGCUCAACCUCAUCGGCCAGCGCUUCAACAUUGCCGUAUGGGUCUUCAACCUGGGCUACCUCGUCGCUGGUAUCCCGCUCCAAAUCGCGUUCAAGAAAUAUGGACCGAAAUCGCUGUGCAUUAUGAUGUUCUGCUGGGGCAUAACUGUCGUCGGCUGUGGACUUGUCAAACGCUGGGAGCAACUCGUGGUUUGUCGAGUGCUUAUGGGUUGCUCCGAAUCGGCGUUUAUCUCUGGCGCUGCGUAUCUUAUUGGGACGUACUACACUAAGAAAGAAUACCUCACUAGAUAUGUCUUCUUCUGCACUGCUGGGAUUAUUGCGGGUGCUAUCAAUGGCUUCCUGUCUACCCUCAUCGCUAAGAUGAGUGGCACGGCAGGAUAUAGCGCCUGGCGCUGGAUCUUCAUUAUCGAGGGAAUUAUCUCGAUCAGCGUCAGUAUUGUGUCUUGGCCUCUUAUCGUACCAUGGCCCGAGAAUGUUACCUUUCUCCCAGCAGAGGAGAAGGCGCUGCUCCUUGCCCGUGUCAAGGCUGAUGGCAGUCACAUCUCCGACGAUGAAAUUUCGGUCAAGAAAGCACUGUACAUGCUCAAGGACUGGAAAAUUUGGGCUGGUGUUCUCAUGAAUGUCGGAGUUACGGAAAACGCGAAUUCGCUAUCAAACUUCCAGCCAACGAUCUUGAAAGGCCUCGGUUACACAGCCAUCCAAGCACAAAUCCACACCAUUCCCGUCUAUCUGACUGGAGCAGCCUUCAGCGUAAUCUUCGCGUACAUGUCCGAACGGCUCUGCAGACAAUACUACUUCUACAUGUUAGGCUGGGCAGUGCUCGCCACUGGUCUUGCUGUCGAGAUUGCAUAUCCAGCAUCGGCAGCUGUGAGGUACAUGGCUGUAUUCUUCAUCGCUUCUGGAUGCUACCUAGCCAUGCCGAUAUCGAUCGUCUGGAUCUCUAUCAACGCGGGGAGUGGCUAUAAACGCGCCGUUGCGAUUGGAGCGGUCAUCAACUUUGGUACGGCAGGCGCGUUUGUUAGCAGCAAUGUGUUUCUCAAAAGCGAGGAGCCACGGUUCCGUAGUGGGUUCUCAACUUCGCUGGGGUUGGCUUGUGUGGGUGCUCUUGCUGCGACGAUCACCUUCUUUGGAUGCAUGGCUGAAAACAAGAAGAGAGACAUGAAGAGGGCGGAGCUACCGGAUACUAUUGAGCAGACUUUGGCGGAGUUGGGUGACGAGCAUCCUGAUUUCAGACUGGUGUUGUAA